AUUUUUUCUUCUGAAGCUUUGAGGAAGGAAAUUUUUGUUACCAAAGCUUUAACGCUUGACUUGAAAAUUUCUUCCAAUUGUCGCUCGCCAAAUACUGAACGCGACAAUAGACGCGAUAAAAACUCGUCGCAGAUCCUAUCCAGUUCAUUCUCAUACAACAAUUCUAUUCAAAUAUGGGAAUCACACCGAGAGGAGGUAGAGGCGGUGGCCGUGGUGGUGGUGGCCGAGGUGGCUUUGGUGAUCGAGGUGGUUUCGGUGGACGAGGUGGUUUCGGUGGACGAGGAGGUGGUCGCGGAGGUCCUCGAGGCGGUGCACGAGGCGGACGAGGUGGCUUUAGUGAUCGGGGCCGUGGUGGUCCCGGUGGCCGAGGACGUGGAGCUCCUCGAGGUGGUGGACGGGGAGGUGCAAGGGGCGGCGCAAAGGGCGGUGCGAAGGUCGUUGUCGAACCCCACCGUCACGAGGGCGUGUUCGUCUCGCGGGGCAAGGAAGAUCACUUGCUCACCCGAAGCAUCGCUCCUGGUAUCGAAGUCUAUGGCGAGAAGCGAGUCUCCACUGAUACUGUUACCAAAGGAGAGGAUGGUGCCCCUAUCACCACCAAGGUCGAAUACCGAAUUUGGAAUCCUUUCCGAAGCAAGUUGGCGGCUGGUAUCAUCGGAGGUAUUGACAACAUUUACAUGAAGCCCGGCUCCAAGGUUCUAUACUUGGGUGCCGCUUCUGGAACAUCAGUUUCUCAUGUUGCCGACAUCGUUGGUCCUACCGGGAACGUCUACGCCGUCGAGUUCUCCCACCGAUCUGGCCGAGACUUGGUUAACAUGGCUCAAAACCGAACGAACGUUAUUCCUAUUGUCGAGGAUGCUCGGUAUCCUAUGAAGUACCGCAUGCUUGUACCAAUGGUCGACUGCAUCUUUGCCGACGUCGCCCAGCCCGAUCAAGCCCGUAUCGUUGCCCUGAACGCUCACAUGUUCCUGAAAGUUGGCGGUGGUGUGGUUAUCUCUAUUAAGGCAAACUGCAUUGACAGCACAGCUGCUCCGGAAGCAGUCUUCGCGCAGGAAGUCCAGAAGCUGAGAGCAGAGCGUAUUAAGCCCCAGGAGCAAUUGACACUAGAACCCUACGAACGAGACCAUUGUAUCGUGAUUGGUCAGUACCAAGAGGCGAAGUAAACAAACACAUUGCAGAUUAGAAGGCAACCUGUCUUGUGUUAGGAGAGUCUUGGUAUGACGAUCACGAUCCGCAUGGUUCACGGGAAGGAGUUAUUCCCAUCAGGCAACGGCGACUAGGCGUUAUGGGGGUGGGUUUCUUGCUAAUUCGAUUGUGUAUAGUUCCGUUAGGGACAAGUAUCUGGUCAAUACCACAUAGGCAAUUUGGUCUGCUCUGCAUGUUUGUCUAUUUUUAUCUGAUACAGAAAAUAUUCUUUAUGGCUAAUGGCAUUUCGUUCACAUCGUAGU